AUGGCGAUCUUGAGGGAGCGCGGUGUCUUGAAAUAUGUCGAUGGAACAUUGGAGAAGCCGAAGCCGGCAAAUGCAACAACACCAAUGGCAGGAGAAACGGCGGCGAUCACGAAAUGGGUUGAGGGCGAUCAAAAAGCCCAGACCGUUAUCGAGCUGCUGUUGAGCGACUCGCAGAUGAUACACAUUGCGGACGCUACAACGGCUGUGGAGAUGUGGAACCAAUUGAAGUUAGUAAAGGAGGCGAGUGGACAACUGGGGAUAAUGGCAUACCGAAGGAAAUUCUAUCGCACAGUUGCCACGGAAGGCAGCGAUAUCGCAGCGCAUAUCACGGAGCUCCGCCGGACACAGGAGCAGCUACACAUGAUGGGUAGCAAGGUGUCGGAUGACGAAUUUUGA